GGCCCCAGCGUGCUUGGAAUAAAAUCCUCUUGCAGUUUGCAUCAAGACCGCUUCUCGUGAACCGCAAACGUCGGUGUCGACCCGGGUCCACGAGGCAGGAGGAUCCAGGAAGCGGAAUUCGCAUCCCGGCCCAGGUCACCGGGAGGCCACUGGCCCCAGGCCGGCUGUUGGACGCAUCCCGGACGAGAGGCGCGCCCGCGAGGCUACGUACGGCCCGGACAUGCAAAAAGACACUCUGCAGGCAGAACUGGGGUACCCAGCUGUGUAUCCCCCUCAGUAUCCACCGGCAGCUUUCCAAGGUGCCCCAGGAAAUACAGGUUAUACUGCACCCCAGACUGCUUACACUGGACCCCAGGCUGGCUACCAAAGACCCCAACUUACCUACCCAGGACCCCAAAGUGCCUAUCCAGAGCCCCAGGCUGGUUACCCAGUCCCGCCAGGAGGCUAUGCAGGUGCUGGCUCAGGUAGCUUUCCUGUUCAAAUUCAGCCUGGGGGACCUACAGGGACCCCAUGGAUACCAGCCCCACCUCCUCCAGUGCACUGUCCUCCUGGGCUGGAGUACUUAACUCAAAUAGAUCAGAUUCUGGUCCAUCAGCAAAUUGAACUUCUAGAAGUCUUAACAGGCUUUGAAACAAAUAACAAGUAUGAAAUUAAGAACAGCCUUGGGCAGCGGAUUUACUUUGCUGUGGAAGAUACUGAUUGCUGCACCCGCAACUGCUGUGGACCACUCAGACCCUUCACCUUGAGGAUUCUUGAUAAUCUGGGCCAAGAAGUCAUGACUCUUGAGAGGCCACUGAGAUGUGGCAGUUGCUGCUUCCCCUGCUGCCUCCAGGAGAUAGAAAUCCAAGCUCCCCCUGGUGUGCCAGUGGGUUAUGUGACACAGACCUGGCACCCUUGUCUACCAAAGUUCACUCUUCAAAAUGAGAAGAGGGAGGAUGUUCUUAAGGUUGGUGGUCCAUGUGUUGUGUGCAGCUGCUGUUCUGAUGUUGAUUUUCAGAUCAAAUCUCUUGAUGAAGAAUCUAUAGUUGGCAAGAUUUCCAAGCAUUGGUCUGGGCUUGUGAGAGAGGCAUUCACAGAUGCAGAUAACUUUGGGAUCCAGUUUCCACUCAACCUUGAUGUGAAAAUGAAAGCUGUGAUGCUUGGUGCUUGUUUCCUUAUUGAUUUCAUGUUUUUUGAAAGAACUGGAAAACAGGAAGAAAAAUCAGGAGUGUGGUAAUGGCAUCAUGAAGUUUCAUCAAAAAUUUAAGAACUCUAUAUUGACUGAUAUUACUUCAAAUGAACCAUCAAUAACUUUCUUGUCUUUAUUGAAAUAACUGAACCUGGGUGAAUCUGUGAUGCCUAUAUUGUAUGAUUUUGUUUUCAAUUUAUAUAGCUAGUUUUUGUAUCAUUGGCAUCAUUUAUUUUUAUACAUGAUUUUAUAGGUGUGCAUUGAAUUUGGGGAAAAGGAAUAGGAGUUUUUGCAAUGAGAAAUGAAACUUUGUAUAAAAAUAGCUUUGUUAUAAUCAAUCUAUUUCCUACUUUUAUUUUACAACAAUUAAAUGCUUAUUAAUUUAAUAUAAAAUUGCAUAUUAUUCUAUUAAAUAUAGCUGUAGUGCAUACAAAAGACCUACUGUUAUAUUUCCAACACUACCUAUUUAAAACUUGAACACAGGCUGUAGAGAGAGAUACCUUAGUGGUUAGCUCUUGGCCUGUGAAGCCUAAAGACCCAGGUUCAAUUGCCCAGGACCUACAUAAGCCAGAUGCAGAUGCAUAAAAUGGUACAUGUAUUUGGAGUUCAUUUGCAG